UAUAAAUUGCCGCAGUGCCGUAUUUCUCUCUUUCGUGGAGAUUUAGUCCAAACCCCAAUGCGGUCUGAACAAACUGCCCAGGGCCGUCAUACGAGAACGCCGUCGCGCACAGGACCGUCUUAUUUACAAUGAAGGAGAGAAGAAUCAGCCAGCCUUUGGUAAUGCGUUGUAAACUGGUUUUAGUUGGAGACGUGCAGUGCGGGAAAACCGCAAUGUUGCAAGUCUUAGCCAAAGACUGUUAUCCGGAGACAUACGUCCCAACAGUGUUUGAGAACUACACAGCUGGACUGGAAUUAGAGGAGCAGCGCGUUGAGCUCAGUUUAUGGGACACAUCAGGUUCACCAUAUUAUGAUAAUGUCAGGCCUCUCUGCUACAGUGAUGCAGAUGCUGUUCUGCUCUGCUUUGAUAUAAGUCGUCCUGAGACUGUCGAAAGCUCUCUGAAAAAGUGGAAAGCCGAAAUCAUGGAUUUCUGCCCCAGUACUCGAAUAAUCCUAGUCGGCUGCAAGACGGACCUGCGAACAGAUGUUUGCACACUGAUGGAGCUGUCCAAUCAGAGACUGACACCCAUCUCCCAUGAGCAGGGCACCUUGUUGGCGAAGCAGGUAGGAGCAGAGGUGUACCUGGAGUGCUCUGCGUUCACAUCGGAGAAGAGCAUCCACAGCGUGUUCCGCUCAGCGGCACAAACAUGCCUUAACAAACUGCAACCCCCCAUAAAGCAAAGCCCCACUCGCCGGCUGUCCAAACGCCUCCUUCACUUGCCCAGCAAAGCGGAGCUCCUGACCUCCUCCUUCAGCAAGGAGAGAACCAAGAGCUGUUCCAUCAUGUGAGCUCCAUGUGCGCCACUCCAGUUCCAGAAAAAAAACAAAAAAAAACAAACGUAUUUUCGCUCUUUGAAAGGGUUGUUUGGGGCGGGGGAGGUUGAGAGAAGGGGAGGUCAUGACCUUUAAUGACCCCUCCCUCUCUCUACACUUACGUUGUUCUUCUUCCAUUCUGACACCCCACCUGCAAACACACUCAUCCCAACGACAAAGAGCUGCUGCCAUUGUUUAAGGUUUUCGGCUGUUACACAUCCUCUUUACCAGCCACUACAUGAACUACAUUUUGUAUCAAUGAUCAAUCAGUCAGUCAGUGAAGGAAAUGUAGUGAAUACAGGACACUGUCGGAUAUUUUUAUAGGUAGUUAAUGUGGGAAUGUGGGUUGAGCUGUGAACGUAAUUUAAUAUUUAAAGGAAGAGGAUGUGUUACACAGUACGCACUUUAGUGAACAUGGAUGUGAUUGCUGAAUGGAAAGUGAGAGGAUGAUUGAAUACGGGUCGGCGUUAGUUACUGUUUCAAUACAGAAUUAUGCUUUGCUUGUAUUAGUGGGCACUGAUCUACGAUGUGAGAACUCAUGCAAGCAUGAGGGGAGGAGCCAAACAAGAUUUUAUGUCCUUCUAAAAAGGCAGACAGUGUUAUAAAUCUGCUAGAUGAAGCAUCCAAUCACAUUUGAACAUCCAGAUGUAUUGGACAUGCUGACACUCUUUCACUCUCUCUCUCUCUCUAUCUCUACUGUAGUCCUUCAUGCGCUUUCUGCCCCUAGAGAACAGGUCAUAAAUCUCAGCCAAUGAGGAGAAGCCCAGCAUUGCCUGGGCCAUUUUUCAAUAUAGAGCAGGAAUUAUUGCCACAAAGACCCCUUCCAGAUGUUCCAACCGUUCUUUUUUAGAAAACGAGAUCUUUCACUGAAGUAAUUUUAGAGAUGGUCAUGGGGGAUUACUAAGGGACAUUGCAGUCCACCAAAACUGAUCAAUGUUGCAUAAGCGAGAAGAUAAUUUGAAUGUUUCAGUUGACUUUUCUUUUACAGUAAUCUGCCACAACACCUAAUUCUCAAUAACAGGCCUGUAAAGAACUGAUUCUCUUGUCAUGUGGUAAAGUUACUGGUUAUAAUCGAGGCUGGACAUUAGAUUGCAUUAUAAUUUCAGUGAUUCUCAUGCAUUUGGUCAGAUCACUGUCACAGAGGACUCUCCUCUCAUGCUAAGCCUCAUUCUGGUAAUCUCAGUCUUAAAUCCCACAACCCCUGGUUGUGUAAUGCUUAAUCAUAAAACAACUAAAUCCUCACUUUGGGUUUAUAAAAUGGCCAAGUAGUACUGAACUGAGAAGCCAGACGAGACAGCAUUACGAAGAAUCUGACCUCAGAAUAACUUCCAACUCAAGUAGUUCAUCAAAUUUAAUACGAUCAAAGAAAUGGUUUGGGGAAUAAUUUACACUACCAUUCAAAAGUUUGCAGAUUUAAAAAAAAAAAAAAAAAGAUGGGUAAUUUUCUCUAAUUUAAUCCAAAAUGUUGUAGCACUGGAUAUUGUGAAAACUGCACAUUCUGUCAAAUCUAAAUUUGCAUAGUUACUGUCUAGAGAAUGAGAAUGACAAUACUGUAUAUAAACUGGUCUUGCCUUAACCACGCAUUUGUACAACUUUGUUAUUAUUAUAUCUUUGACUUUGUAAAUUCUCACUCUAGUUCAUCUGAAAGAAACUUUAGGAGGUUGUUCAUCACUUCAUGCAAUUCUACACCGUUGCUUAGCAACAGACAAGUCAGUUAAGCUGGACUACAUGUCCGAAAACCACUCGAGAGAAGUGGAGAGAGAGAAACAGGGUGUAAAAGUGAAAAUAAGGACAAGUUUUCUCACUGUAGCAUAACAAAUGGCUUUUUCAUGGCUAUAAUUUAUAGUUUGAAACGUGAAACAUCUUACAGACCAUCAUCUUGAUAUGAAUUUGUUACUGUUGUCUGGUUUAGUAGCACUCUUAUAUGUUAUAUGUUUGAUGUGGUGGAUCUCCACAAUCUUCCUUUUGUUACUGCGGUCUGGACGUACAUAUGUUGUGCAUAAUCAGUUUUGUACAGCCCUUUAAAUGAAGUCUGUGAAGCAAACAAAUUCAGAACAGACUGUAUGAUUGUGUGUGCAAUGUAACCGUAACUUAUUAAUAGUUGAUUAUUGCUGGUUCUGUUUUAUUCUUUAGUUUCAGACAAUCUAUUUUAUAUUGAAUAUUGUUUAUUGAUUAUUUCCCCUUGUCUCUGAUGUCGUGUGUCACUAUUAAAUUAAUUAAAACCUG